UCAUGCUGCUGCCAGGUCCAGAGUCUCUCAUGGGUCCCUGUACGGCCUCCCAUUGCUGCUGUCUCCAUCGCCACACUCUGCCAUGUGCCACUUUCAGGUCUCCUCACACUGCUGGUGUGUUCCAUUUUUUGUCAUAGGGUGCUGGCAGAUUACGGGCCUCCCAUAGCUGCUGCCAGGCCCCUAAUCUGCCAUGGGCCCCUAUACCGCCUCCUCAUGCUGCUGCCAGGUCCAGAGUCUCUCAUGGGUCCCUGUACGGCCUCCCAUUGCUGCUGUCUCCAUCGCCACACUCUGCCAUGUGCCA